UGAAGGGUGCGUGUUUCUAAAAGUGGAAGUGGUGUGGGGUUGCACGUGUGGCCGUAUCAAUCUGGGACAGGCAGUCUCUUUUUCUCAGAGGGGCCCCACGUGAAGUAGGGGAAGGUUAAAGGGUUGUUCGGACAGAUGGAGGGGACAGGAUCGCGGAGCACAGGGAUCCCCUGUCUUGGGAGCAGAGGGCGGCCUCUUCGGAUCGUUCCCCUGGUCGAGCUAGGGGGCAGUCCCCUCUCGGGAAAAUCUGAGUGCUGGUGGUGAGAAGAGAGCUUUUCCUUGUGGGGCAGAGAGUGAAGUGCCUGUUGGGGUGGCCUUUCCUGUUUUAGGUUAGGUCUGCCAAGCUUCAGGGGCUUCUGAUUGCGAGCUGUCUGUUAAGAGGGAAUUUACUCUUUUUGAGAGGUGUAUCCUUUGCUUUAACUUUUGACAUACAGUGAAGGGAAGGUGGCUGUGCUGGGGGGGCGGGGGCAAACAAGGAACUUGUCAGCAGUUGUCCAAACUGAAUACUGUAAAUAACUUAAAAAGAGAGAGGGAGCCUCAGACUUAAAUCUUCCCUGAAAGCACCAAGCCGGGAAGAGAGCGGAGGUAUAAAGUGAGGGCUCCAGAAAGCCAUUAAUAAGUAGCAGUGCUUCAGUUUAAUAAGAGCAGAGAAGCUGAUGUUUUUCAUUAAUGAUCCAGUUUCUCCUUUCUUUUUCUAAGCACACCCACAGUGUUAAACCCCAGUCUUGCAAAUAUGUAGGCUUGUGAUUCACUUUAUGAACACUGACGUCAGUGGAACUACUUAUGCCUGGAAGGUUAGGUACAAGUGUUUUUAACGUGAGUGAUGAGAAGGAGCAUUUUAAAAAGUAAUAUCUGACCUGCCCAGAACUGAGACAAAAAAACCUGAAAGUCCCACAGGGCACAAGGACUGUGGCAGUCAAAUGCAUAGAUAUUAAAUGCAUAGAGGCUUCUGAUUGUGGAGUAAGUUCUGCAUGAGUGAGUAACUGUUUUGGGCUGUUUGCCCUUCGAGAGAUCCUCCCUCUGCAGAGUUUCCUGGAGGACCCAAGUUUGCUGCAUUAGGUGUUUGAUGCCUGUCAGGAGCUGUGCUGUGAUAAUGGAACUUAUUUGAAAUGCUGCUUUCAUGUUAUCACACGUGUUGUAUGAACUGGAAAUAGCAUUGGGCUUUUCCUCAGCGGUUUAUUUCCAUAAGCAUCGUGUCUUUAGCACAGUGAACUAAAAAUUGCUGGGUUCCUGAAUUUUAUGAAUCAGGGGCUGCAUAUAAUAACUGCACACUUGGAAAAACCACCACAGUUGGAAAAAGCUACGAUUUUAAAAUAGCCUUAUAGAAUGAGAUGUGCUUUGGGAGGGAAGAAUUGUUAAGGGCAAUAUUGCCUGAUGAGAUUUAGGGUGGGUUUGCUAUUUGGUUUUACUUUACAGGGCUUGUGUUGCUGAUUACUGGUUAUAGCGUGUCACUGAGGACAUGGUGAGAUAUUUCCUCAUUAAAGAGAUUGGGCCCUCUCUUAGAGCUUUUUGACUAUUUUCUAGAAUUAUAGUUAAAGGAAACUAAAAGACAAAUUCAUUCCUCUUGGAAUCACUGUUAAACUACAUGGCACAGUACCCAUGUGCACAGACGUUCAUUUUAAAGAAUGUUGUGAGGGAGUUAAUGUAUAGAAUUUAAAGUCAUUUUUUCAUAGGACUGGCAUACCAGUGUAACCCUGUCAUGGACAAAAAUACUAUAGUUCCCUAUAGUACCAUAAUAAUUAUAAUUAUGUUUGACGUAGUUCGGAAUAGAGGCACUAUUGUCUAGUAGAUUGACCCAAAAUGGGAACUCGUAGGUUCUGCUUCCCUUUAUGACCUUGGACAAGUCACUAGAGUUCUCGAGGUUUGUUGCAUCCUCUGCCAGUAGAGAACAGGGAUGCUUCCCCCAUGCUUAGCUGCUAGUGCUGGGGGCGGAAGGAGCACCUUGGAGAGGAAACUAUGUUCUUAAAAUGCUUUAAAAAUCAAAAUGAUGUUGCACAAUAAAUGUGGACAGCUUUACCAUUGCUUUUAUAGGUUCUGCUCUUGGAACUGGAGCCACAUGGGCAAGUCUUUGUGUUCAUACAAGGCCCUGUUGAGCUUUCGGCAAAUACUCAUUCCCAUGUGUAAAGAUGUCCUUAGUGGACUUAGGAAAGAGGUUGCUAGAAGCAGCUCGCAAAGGCCAAGAUGACGAAGUGCGAACGCUGAUGGCAAACGGUGCUCCUUUCACCACUGACUGGCUUGGGACAUCGCCUCUUCACCUUGCUGCCCAGUAUGGCCACUAUUCAACGGCAGAAGUGCUGCUUCGAGCUGGUGUUAGCAGAGAUGCCCGAACUAAAGUGGACAGGACUCCGUUACACAUGGCUGCAGCAGACGGACACACUCAUAUUGUAGAAUUGCUGAUUAGGAAUGGGGCUGAUGUAAAUGCCAAGGACAUGCUGAAAAUGACUGCUUUACACUGGGCAACAGAGCACAACCAUCGAGACGUUGUAGAGUUGCUGAUCAAAUACGGAGCUGAUGUCCAUGCUUUCAGCAAGUUUGAUAAAUCUGCUUUUGAUAUUGCUUUGGACAAGAACAAUCCAGAGACUCUGGUAAUGUUACAGGAAGCAAUGCAGAAUCAGGUAAACACCCAUCUAGAGCGAACGAAUCCUGUUGCGAACACUCUGACCGUCACCUCACCAUUUAUUCUUGCAUCAGGGGAGGUUCUCAAUCUCGCUAGUCUUGUUUCUUCAGCAAACACCAAAACAACUUCGGCAGGUGAUUCAGAUGUAUCCACAGUGCAGUUUUCCAAUUCAACGACCUCUGUGCUUGCCACGCUUGCGGCCCUUGCUGAAGCUUCAGCCCCCCUUUCCAACUCAAACAGAGCUACAGGUAACAUGGAGGAAAUAGUGGAAGCAAAUUCUGUUGAUUCUGCCAUACAACAAGUGGUUGGCAGCGGAGGCCAGCGAGUUAUCACAAUUGUAACAGAUGGAGUUCCCCUGGGCAGCCUGCAAACAGCCAUCCCCAGGAGUAGCCUCAGCCAGCCGUUCAUUGUAACCAUGCAGGAUGGACAGCAAGUUUUAACUGUACCUGCUGGUCAGGUUGCAGAAGAGACUAUUAUUGAGGACGGUGAUGAUGCAGAAGAGGAAGAAGAGCCACCAGCCAAGAAGCAAAAAGCAGAAGAAAAUGUCAGUGACUUGGAGGAAGACAAGGACAGCGAUGAAAGGGAAGUGCUACAGCAGCAGUUGCAAGAAGCAAACCGGAAGGCUCAGGAAUAUCGAAGCCAACUCAUGAAGAAAGAGCAAGAGGCAGAGCAAUACCGGCUUAAGCUAGCAGCCAUGGUUAGGCAGCAGCCUAACGGGACUGAAGUAACGGUGCUCGAAGAGGUUGCUGAGGUGGACGCGGUUGUGGUAACCACGGAAGAUGCAGAAGGAUCUGCAAUGCCUGUGGUGGAAAUGGAUCAGCCAACCGAUAUUGCUGUGGAAACUGUAACCUCCUAAUUCUGGGUUAUUGACUUUGUUUUGUAAAGAAGAAUAACAAUUUUUUUUUAAUAUAUAAAAGAUGCUGUCAGCAGGCAGCAUUGGGAGCAGAGGGCUGUUGUCAGAUUGUCAGAUCCACUGCACAACUGGAAGAUCGUGUGAUGGGACUGCCUAUGUUGUCCCAUCAACAGGGAUAAAAGCUUGUUCAGCAGCUCACAAUGUAACUGCUUUCAGCACAGCACCAAAAGGUGCUUUUAAAGCUUGACCUUGAAUGAUUGGAAGCUUUUACAAAUUUUAGCCAGCAAGUGACCUGAAGGCUUAUUUUGUGGUGUUAAUACCUGCAUUGUUGGGAGUGGAAAAGAAGUACCUCAAUGCCAAAGUAGCUGGUAUUAGCUCUCAGCUGCCCUGAAAUUACAGCACUGAAAACAGGCUUUAUGCAAUGACCUGAGAUGUUUGCUCCCUUCUGUGAAGUUGAGUGACCGGAUCUUGACCUUUAGAAAAGCGAUCUCUUGGGGUGUUUGUUUUGCUUUAAAAUCUUAAGUGGUGAUGGUGGGGUUUCACCACCUAAAAGCAAGCUAGAAAAUGAAUUGGACUGGAACAAUUAUAUGGGUUUUUUGGUGGGUUUUCUUUCUGUUUUUUUUUUUUUUUUCCCAAAGAAAUGAAGCUAGUUCACAUUGAGGCAACCUUCAGUGGAAGAGCAAAGCCCAGGCUGAGUGUGUGCGAACUUGAGCAUUUCGAGAUAUCAGGGAAUAUUACACUUAGUCCUCUUUGGAUUGUUUUAGGAACAGUUUUGGGCAGCUCUACAGCAGACUUAACUACCUGAAGGGAUCACAAAAAAUUCCUUAUCAGUUUUAUGAAACUUGGUCAAAUGUUCUGUUUGACUCUCUUGUGCUGAACAGUAGUGCUAACUCUGAUUAUAUAUGCAAAACUAAACAUACGGCAGUUGCUGUAAGACAGCUUGGGAGUUUAGAUGUCUCUGGAGAUAGAGAUGUGACUUUUUUACUAAACAGUUUUUAAAUAUUCUGAAACCUUUUUUAACAAGCAGCUGAUUUUGUUACUAAAGUGUUGUAUUUUUUUUUUUUUUUACUCUUUGCAGGCUUCUUUACUAAAGAGAGUACCUAAAUGCUUUUCUCUUUGCAGGCUUGUAGAUUAUGCGUUUCAAGAGAGCAGGGAAACUGAUCGGAAGUGCUCUGAAUCAAGCUCGUGUGGAGCUUGAUAAUGAAAGAUUGUUCUGUCUCCGUAACCAUGAGGGGAAACAAGUGAAGUUGAGAAAAAUACCAUAAUGCAAGCUGUUCAAUUGGUUGCAAAAAGGUUACAAAGGCUAGAAAUGACUUCUAGCUCCAAAGGCCCUAGCAGCUGGCCUGCUUUCUGAAGGCGUUCUGAAAUGUCUCCUUGCAGAGAUAAAAAUUCAUUGCUGCUCUGGCCCAUAGUUUUUUGUUUUCUUGUCUUAGUUUUGUAACUGUUGGCAGUAUUCAUGGUAAUCAUUCAAUUUCAUGGUCCUUGCGUUGCUUUUUUCCCUGUUGUUUCCAAGUGUGUCCAGAUAAUAGGGUUUUAUGUUGGUUCAGAUACUGCCUCUAUUACAUUUCUUUGCUGAUAGAUAAGCCCAUAUUGUGAUGUUUGAGAUGUAACAGAGACUUGUGUAUUCAUUAAGCUAUGAACUUAGUCUCAGGUCUGAAUGAGUUUGUCACCCCAAGAAGAAACCGCUUUUUGUCAUAAAAGCAGCCUUCAAGGUUAUGGAUUAGUCACUACUGCAGAGCAGUUGGUUUCUGAUCGGUGCUGGAGGCUUUGCAGGUCAGCUCUCGACGAAGUGUUGUGGCCUUUUUUUUGUGCUGGCACCCAUGUAUCGAACAAACAGUUGGGAGACUUUGCUGCAGUUUAACAGCGCGCAUUCGCUUCUCUCCCACACUGGAACUCUUGCAUCUGGACUCUUAGUAAGAGUCUUGUUCUUGGAGUGCUCGUAUCCAGCACCCUUUGUUUUAUUGGACCAUGUACUUUGGUCUGAAAGAAAGGUUGGAUCUGUCAAAAUGACAUAUUUGGCAACAUUAAACAGUGUUUAACUGGUUGGGUUCACCAACAAGUUUUAGGAAAGAAAGGUUUAUGAAACUGUUAUUGUAAAAGCUUCAUGAGACUUGCUGGUUUUGAAAAUCUUAAGUGCAUUUAUUUAUAACCAGUGUAGCUAUAUUUAUAAAACUUUUUAUCUUUUUCCAAAAGAUGUUUUGAAGAAGGCUUUAAUAAUUAUUUUGAAUGAAUGGCUGUUUGGAGAAACUUAGUUCCUGACUAUUGAUUACUUCAGUUCUCUGAAGUCAGUAUUCCUUUCUGGCUUCAAGCAUGUGUUAAGUUAUUUUCUAUUGUUUCCCAGCACAUCAAACAUUCAGGUCUGUUUGAACUGCAAAUCUGUAUUGGAAGGUCUGAGAUGGUAUCAAAGUAAAUCUAGACAGAUUCUUCUAGUAUGUUGUACCCAGAAAUGUUUACAGAUGUAAAGGGACACUGCCAACUUUGAAUUUUACGUUUUGCCUGUAGUUAGUGGUUAUUAUUUGUAAAUUUGAAGCGUUCUACAGCUGAGGCAGCUGUAGUAUAAAUACUGUGUUGUGCCUUAGACAACACUUUGAUUCUCAUUUCUUUCCAUGCUUCCCCUGCCCAGGGUCAGUUGCGCAAAAAGUCCCUUCAGCUGGGAAACAAACUUCCCCUUCAGAAGAGAAGAAAAAAGUCCAUGGCGUUCACGGUAAUUGGAUUGCUUGUAUAGAAUUGGAACAAAUAAAGCUGACAGUGUUAUUAGUGCUUCGCCUUGUGGGGGGAAUCACACGUUAAUUUUAUUUUUAGAAGUACUUGCUUACAGGGUCUGAACAAAGACUGAGAAGUAUUUGAUCUAUGCCCAGCAUUUAGAAAGAAUUUAAACUCGCCUGUAUCCUCUGCUGUGCCACAGAAAGGAUUGGAGGUUUUUAAGCAAAGAACAGCAGUUUUCUUGUCAAUGCAGAAUCAGAUGUGGCAGUGUAGGUCUGUUGUUGCUGGCGGGAGUAAGUGGUGGGUUUGUAGCAUGUAAAUAACCUUUCCUGGUGCACCCUCCCACUGAAACAAGGGGCUGGACUUGGCGGUGUAGGAGCUUUCAUUAUCCACCCCUUCUCAGUCCUAGCACUUUUUUAACUGGCCAUUACUGUAGGAGCACAGGAUUUUAAAAGGUCAAAGGCUAAAUAAACGCUUUGCUCCUAAUGCUGCGUUGUUACUGACGCGGAGCACUCACGAUCCUGUCCUCCCACGCAUCCAGCCUGACUUCCCGUCCUGGCUCAGGCUCAUCUGCAAGCUUGGAAUUGCAUCUGUCGUCAUGUGUGUAUUUGGAAGAGCAAAAGAAACCUGACCAAUUUCCCAGGGACACUUAUGCAGGAGUUCUGGUUUUAAUUCAAUUCUUUCCCCUUUUCAGUCAUCUGAAAAUGUUAAUAUUUCUGUCCUCCCAAAGGGCAUCAAGCAUCCAGCUGUCCGGCUCCAGUCAGUUUGGCCUGAAGGACCCCUUGCACAGAUAAAGCUUGCUGGGCUGAGAUUUGGGUUUUUUUUUUUUUUGAGUCCUGACUAGAAUUUACUUCCCAUCUGCCUGUGCCAAGAGUUCGACCCACAUAUUGUUAACCUGAGUUGUUUCUCCUCAGUGGUGGUGAUGAUUUGGUGCUAAUUGAACCAGCAGUUUAGCUUUGAUUAGACAUAUAUUUCCCUGUUGUUGCAGUAGCUGAAUAUAAAUGCUUUCCAUUAUCCUAAAUAGGAAGCAGGGCAAUGUAAAUCCUGUCCAGGGACAAGAAAAGGAAUCUUCUGCCAGUCAUGUAAAUGUGAACUAAAUCUUCAGCAUACCAUUUAGGGAUUCAUUUAGGCUGAAAUAAUAAACCCUGUGAGUUAAGCUGCGAGUGCCUUACUGGAAAGCUCCCAGCGAGGGGGUUUCCUUGUCCCCGCUGUCGAAUUCCCCUUCAGUCCUGGCAGGAUUGCCUGUGAUGUGGUUCUCUGUGUUCAUCAGCCUCUGCCGGAUCGGAGCGUUUCUCUAAUCCCACCUCUAUUGUGUCAUUUUUUUGCUCCAUGCCAGCCAUGGCACUCGAGUGUGUAUUUAUUGCAGAGCUGCAUUUGCCACUUCAUGCGGCGAGUCUGUUUUGGAUCCAGUUCACGCUGUGAUUCGGAACUGAAGUGCCCCGAAUUGCAAGGAGUUCCUAAUAGCUUUAUGUACAGGAUCCUUUUCAGAAAGCGCAAGUAUUCCUUUUUAUAUUUAGGAUAAUGUUUGCAAAUGUUGAGGUUUCAAUGUGUAUAUACACUUUUUGUACUAUAUUUCUUAAUAAAAUGCCACAUCCUCUGUGA